AUCCAUUUUGGGAAAUGACAGAGUGUAGCAACAGAGGUCAAGUCCUUAGAGACCAGCUCCCACCUCAUCAGAGUUAAACUUCAGCUCAGGGAAAAAAAAAAAAAACUCCACCAUUGGGAAUGACUGGCAUUCCAGCCAGCUGACAUGCUUCAGACAUUCAGCGUAUGUUAUUUAUGAAGUCAGGGCUGCGGAGAGGGAGGAACCUUCCACGAGUUGUUGACUGAGACCGGCUGAGCCACCAAAACACAAGUUGUGAAGUAAGAAGGAGGGACGAACGGGUGAACGCGAGCUCUACCAUCUAGGAUUACAGAGCGAGAGUACCUGCUCGCCGAAAAUAGUGGAUCUGUGUUUUGCCCUCCCUGCCGCGGGCCCCGGGACAGGCAGAGGACGGGGCACACGGGACGCGGGGCAAGAUUAUGGGACAGGGAGCAAGUACUCAGACUUUAAACCCAAACCUUGCCUAUAUUACAGAUGAUGAAGUCGAUCAUGGUAUGCCAGAGAGUGAUGGAGCAAAUCCAGGAGCAGGAAAUCCUUCUGCAAAGGGCAAGGGCAAGUUCCCCAGCCUGGGUAAGAUCUUCAAACCCUGGAAGUGGAGGAAGAAGAAAACCAGUGACAAAUUUAAGGAAACAUCAGAAGUCUUGGAAAGAAAGAUGUCGGUGAGGAAGCCCAGGGAGGAGCUGAUAGAGAGAGGGUUACUGAAGGACAUCCCAGAGAAUGAGAGCAAUGAUGUUAAUCACAAAGCUCCUCCAGUAAAGAAUGGCCACACUGGUCCAGUGCCUGGUGACCGCAAAUCUGAUUCAGGGUCUGAAGUCAAGGCUCCAUCUUUAAGGCCACAAGGAGAAGAUCAGAGGAAUAGCUUUGCACCUGAAGCGGAGCGCCGCAGUCGAGUGCCCUCUGAGGUUAGUCGCAACCGGCAACCACUGGAUGUGGAUGCUCGAACUCGGUUGCUGCCUGAAACGGAUCGACGUAGCCGCCUAGAGUCAGAUGUUGAGAGACCAACGGGUUUAUUACCAAGAGACAGACAGGGACAGGAGGAUGGACGAUAUCGGCGAGAGGAAAGAGACGAGAAAGCGAAUCGGGACAGAGAACGACGGGACAGAAAAGAUGACAGGGAAGUAAGGGGAGAACGCAGAGAUGACAGAGACAAACGCGACAGGAGGCCAAAUAAAGAAGACUGGCAAGGAAGAGAUGAUCGUGAGAAGGAAAGGAGGAAUGACAGAGAAAAGCGGGAGGAAAAAGAUUGGAAAGACAACAGAGAUAGGAAACAGCCACGAGACCGGAAAGAAGAACACGAAAGGCGAGAUGAGCCAGAGAGAGUAGAUGAUCGAGAGCGAAAAGAACAAAUCGAAAGGAGGGAAGAGAGAGAUAAAAGAGAGGAUCGCGAUAGACCUGAGGAAAGAGAAAGAAAAGAUGAAAGAGAAAGAAGGGAUGUCAGGAGACUAGAACCUGUGAAACAAGUGUCUGAUGGGAAAUUAACACGACCGCAGUCAGAAAUGGACAUGAGGCCUGUUCUUCAAAAGAGCACGUCUGACACUGGACUGAAGGUCCGGCCGAUGUCAGAGGCCCUCCAAAGCAGGACACUGCCACGAUUCACAUCUGAAGAGGGAGAAACAAGAGCACGAACAGGAUCAGUGGGUGUGCGGUUUGUUCCUGAGCCCAAACCUGCAAGUACUUCCACUAAAGAGUCACAGCCACAGCCUAAACAGGCCAUUCUCCCUCCCAAAUGGGUGAUGGCUGCUGCUUCCUCCACUGAGCCUGCUCCAGUCCCACCCUCAUUCUCCUCUUCAUCAUCAUCCUCAUCUUCAUCGUCAUCCUCAUCCUCUGCUCCACCCAUUGCUAAGCCUCCUCCUAGGACUGUUUCUUUGAAUGUAGAUGACUCCUCACGCACUAUUCUCAUUCCUUCCUUAAUAGCAGGUGACCGUGCGGUGCCGCCAACUGUUCCCGCCCACACGACCCAAGCCACUGUUCCCACCCACAAGACCGUACCCACUGUUCCCGCCCACACGACCCCACCUACUGCUCCAGCUCACGUGACACCACCCACUGCCCCUGCUCACUCAAAUCCACCUGCUGUUCUUCCUCACUCCACUCCACACACCGUCCCCACCCUCUCCACCCCUGUUGCCCCGAAACAGCCGCCAAUGCCCCCUCCCAAACCCGUCCAUCACAACAGCAACACAGCACUGCAAGCUUCAACGUUGCAAAGAUAUCCCAAAUCUCCACCUCCCCAGUACUGGACAAGCUGGAGACAGCAGGCAGGGUCUGGAGUCUAUCUCUCCCUGCCCACCUACCUCAGCCAAAGGGGCGCUCAGCUCCGCCCAGUGGAUCCCUCUCAAGUCCCGGUCCCAGUCAAGCGGUCUCCUCCCAUUCCCCCAAAGAGGAAUACUCCUGUGACCAAACGCAACUCAGACGUCUCUUCAGCCAAUCAGCCUGAGCCUCCGCCCCCUGCCCCCACCUCUGUUCCAAUCCCAGCCGCUGCACCAAUAUCUGCUCCACCCUCUGCCCAAUUAGAUGACAGCAAAAACUCAAACUCUGGAGGAUUCUCUCCUCCACCACCCCAUAUCCCACCAUCCCCCCCUCGUGCCCACCAGCCCCCUGAUGUCGUCCGUGUAGACCCACCCAGUCCCACCACAGAACCACCUUCUCAGCCACCACCUCUACCUUUACAUAUACGCAUCCAGAGAGCUUUGAACAGUCCAGGCCCUGUCCAUCCCAACCCGGAAGGUUCCCAGCGAGCACACUCGCUUCUUUUUGAAACACCUCCAGACUUUCUCAAUGAGGCCCCAGGAGGAGGGAGAUACUCGCUUCCAGUCACUAUCGAACCUCUGCGACUUCCUGAGGAUGAUGAUUUUGACAUGGAAGAAGAGCUGCAGAAGCUGCGGGCAGUCCCUCGCCCGACACAAAAGCCAGAGCUGGAACCACGCAGCCGUCGUGGCCUUAUUGGAGACCCACGAGUCACUGUCAUUCCUGAGGAUGCAGGAUCUGGAUCAAGUGAAGAGGAGGAAGAGAGUGAUUCAGAUGGAUCUAUCCAAUAUAGAGAUGACAAUGAGGAAGAUGAUGAUGAAGAGGAUGUUCCCAAAAGUGGUCUUGCGAGUCGUGUGAAGCGGAAGGACACUCUGGCACUGAAGUUGGAGCGUCAGCAGGAGAAAGAGAAAUCACAGGAGGAGGACAGCAGCACCUGGAACAACAAAGAGCAGUGGGAAGCUGUCAGAAACAAGAUCGGCACCACCCUCACAAGGAGGUUGAGUCAGAGGCCCACCGCUCAAGAACUGGAGCAAAGAAACAUCCUACUUGCUAAGAAUGAAGAAGCCCGGCGGGCGGAAAGGAGCGAAAUCAAGCGCAGGCUGACCAGAAAGUUGUCCCAGAGGCCCACAAUAGCUGACCUGGAGGCCAGAAAGAUUCUGCGUUUUCAUGAAUAUGUGGAGUCCACUCAUGCUCAAGACUAUGACCGGCGCGCAGACAAACCCUGGACCAAACUCACACCUGCUGACAAGGCGGCCAUAAGAAAAGAGCUGAAUGAGUUCAAAAGCUCAGAAAUGGAAGUUCACGAGGAAAGCAGGAUAUUCACCAGGUUUCAUCGGCCAUAACCAUCAUUUCCAAAGAGGAAGCUCUGGACUGAUUUAAAAACUGCCCCUAUAACUGCAGCUAAAAGCAUCCUGUUUCUCAUGAUCCUCCAGCAAAUACUGAAGAGCAGAAGGAAGAAGAAGUGAUGAUGAGGGUUUGUAAAGGAUCCUGGUACUUCACACUUCAGUCUUCAGACACUUUUGGGGAGCAGGUUUGGAGUGCUACUUUCCAUCAUGCCCACAGCCAGAUCACAUUGUUGGUGGAGUAUUGCAGGGAAAGAGGGACACGAGACUGUGGAUUGGGGUGUUUUAAUAGUCUUCAUGGUACACACAUUUCUGUGAUCAAGAAAUGGCUUGUGUACCAACAAUAAUUUUUUUAAAAUAAUAAUAAUAAUGUGUGUUUAAUGAUGUGCUGUCCAUUUAUGCCUUAACACUGGUACUUUUUUUUUUUUUACCUUGACCUUAGAGUAAUAGAGAAGAUGCAUAAAAACACUGUUUCUCACUUUGAAUGUGUGUUACUCUGUAAGCACACCUUUUGACAUUCUCAGGACGACAGCACACGGUGUCACUUUUUCUAUAUGUGCAUUUUACUGUAAACGACUGUCAUUUUUACUGUUUCACAUAGAUUAAUCACCUUCUUAAAUAAUUUCCUAUUUUUUUAACAACGUAGCACUUCACAUUAGAUAUUGCAAGGUGAAUCCUACAAAAACACAACAUAUUUUAUGCAAAUUAAAAAUAAUAAUUUUAAAAAAGCAGACGAAAAAGGGUUUGGCAUGAAGAAAAUUAAGCCUCUAACCCAGGGGUGCCCAAACUCAGUCCUGGAGGGCCGGUGUCCUACAGAUUUUAGCUCCAACUUACUUCAACACACCUGCAUAGAUGUUUGUAGAACAUAGGUCUCAAACUCAAUUCCUGGAGGGCUACAACUCUGCACAGUUUUGCUCCAACCCUAAUCAAACACAGCUCAUCCAACUAAUCAAGAUGUUCAUGACUACUAGAGACUAUUAAGCAGGUGUGAGUUGCAGGGGGUUGGAACUAAACUGAGCAGAGCUGCGGCGGAGUUUGAGACUUAUUCUAGAAAGGUAGGCGUAAUUUGGGUUGGAACUAAACUUUGCAGGACACUGGCCCUCCAGGACUGAGUUUGGACACCCCUGCUCUAAACUACUAAGAUUUAUUUUCAGCAUUGUGGCAAUAUAUUCAUAAUAUUAAAAUGUGAUUCCCCCUUAGUUCUUAUUAUAAUGUGGGAUGUUUAACUUUAGUGUGAAUCAUUCUAAAUAGUUGUUUCUAUAUAUUUUAUUUACUUUAUUACAGUAAAAAUGCUGUAAUAGAAACAUUUUCCUAGAUAAACAUGCAUUAAAAGCAAAAUAAAAAAAUAGUUUUCACAUAUGACCAUAAAUAAAGUGACUUUUUAUCAUAUUACUGGAAUUCUUAUUUUUUUCAUAUUUCUAAUAUUGUUUUUUCCACAAUGCCAAACUUUUUUAAUGAUCCGAAUGCUUCAUUUUCUUCAGACAAAUACGUUUUUAAAAUUUUUAUUUUAGAGGGAGGGAGGGAAAUGAUGACAUACUUCAUGAGAUUCUGCUCUGUGUGAUAUAGUCGACUGUACAUUGAACGAUCAUAAACAAAAUGGUUGAUGUUACAUCAUGGAGUCAUUGUAAAAAAAAAUCUUGGUGCAUUUUUUUUAAGUGGUAUUAUAACCACAAACUCAUUUCCACAUCACUGCUGGUUUUAUGGUACACUUUAUUUAGUGGGCCACAAGAGGGCCUGUGCACUGUAUAGAGACAUGCUGUAGAUUCAUUAUAUUGUAUAUCUUGUCUUCCUGACACCAGAAAUUGGUUUUAAUUGUAAUUAUAGUAUUAUAGUAUAGUACACUAUGUAUGCUGUUUUAUGAAAUGCAAACAGUAUGACUACAGAUGAGACAAUGAUUCGGUACAGAACAGCUGUAUAGAUGAUACUUUUUUAUGUAAAGAUAUAAUAAAAAGGGCUUUCAAGUAA